AUGUCUGGAGUUGGGUAUGAUGAUUGGUCCAAACUCAGUUCAGAUCUUUUGAGAUCAAUUCUCGAAAGCUUGACCACUAAAGAUUUUCAUCGGGCAAGAAGUGUAUGCUCGAGCUGGUAUUCUGUCUCUAAAACAUGCACGCGACCUCUGUAUCCAUGGCGAGUUCUACUCCGUAAGUCUUCAACUUUGAUAUUUGAUCCCAAACAAGACGAAACUUUUGAAAUCGAACAUCCAGGAAUUGACUUUUCUGAAAGCGGUGUCAUCGCUAGUUAUAGCAAUUGGCUCUUGAUCAUUGAUUCUCGUAUAGAUUUGUUGUAUCUUCUGAAUGUGUUUACUUGCGAGAGAAUCAAUCUUCCAUCAAUGGGGUUGUCGUUGCUUCUUGCUGAAGCUACUUUCCAAGCUAUCUCGGCUUGUCUUUGGAUGAACGAGAGGACAGGGGAGUAUGCUGUCGCCUUGAGUUACAUGAAACACGACUUGUUGUUCUCAUACAAGAAAGAAGAUGACACGUGGCGUAAGCAUGAAGGCACACGGUGUAGAUCUAUGUUUUAUGAGAAGAACAAGCUUUAUGUGCUUACAUGUGAUGAUUACGUCAAGAUUCUUGAUUUGUCUGGAGAUCAUUUGGUUAAUCAUGAGAACGUGGAAGGGAACCCAUAUCGUAACCAUAGGUUUCACUUUGUUUCUGGGGAGGAACAUGUGUGGACAAAGAAAAUAGCGGUUACGAACUCAGGAGAGGUUUUGAUCGUUCUGAUGAGCUCAAAAGGGUUACAAGGCCGGAAACGUUUGUUUUACAUGUUUAAGAUGAACUUUGAAAGUGGUAAAUGGGAAAGAGUUUAUUCUGUUGGAGGCGAGAUGUUGAUGCUUGGUCAUGGAGUCACAGUAAGAUCUCCAAUCAAAGAGAUUAACAGUACUGAUGAGGGAAUCAAGAGUGAUUCAAUCUGUUUCAUUGAUGAUCUUUGGCCAUCUGCAGAUUAUUUUAAUCCCAGGAGGCAAAUUAAUAGUGGUAUAUUCGAUCCCAAGAGGCAAAUUAUUUUAAUCACAUGGCCUAAAACAUCAGAUGCUUCGGUCUUGAAGAGCAUCUGGUUUGUUCCAGGAUAUGCUUAA